CCCCACACCUCAACGAUUCUCAGCAUGAUCCUGCCCAUCGCCGCUCUUCUCUCUCUGCUGCCCUUCACCCUGGCGCACGGGCCGCAGACGCCGCAAGAAGUGGCCGAGUUCCACGCGCGGCAGUCUGCGGCGUACCACUGUGCGCCGGCGAUUGCGCUGUACAACGCGCAGCGCAAGCGCAGCUGGGCGCAAAAGGUGCUCGGCGGCGACCCGACGGCGCACGGCAACCUCUUCGUCGACGGCUACUUCGACGGCGACGACGCUGCGGGCGUGGCGGAGGCGGAGAAGCGCGUGCUGAAGAAGGCAGAGGAGCAGGGAAAGAGCAUCAUGGCAUGCGAGCCCGUCGAGGAGAGCGUGAUUCGCAACUCGACCUGCGUGCUUGCGCCCCAGGUGACGCAGGGCCCUUACUACCACACCUCGGGCCACCCGGUGCGGCAGAACAUGGCCGAGUAUCAACUUGGUCUGCUCUUCGCGAUGGACGUGGGCGUCAUCGAUGUCGAGACAUGCAAGCCCGUGCCCAACGUGCUUGUGGAUCUCUGGCAUGCCAACGCCACCGGCUUCUAUGCGGGGCACAACCCUUUGCCAGCGCAAGUCGUCGCCACUCCGGCGCAGGACGGCAUUCGUAAAGGCCUGCUGCCCGCAUUCGAGCGCACCAACAGCGACGAAACGUGGCUGCGCGGCGCGUGGCCGACGGACCAGAAUGGCGUCGCAAAGUUCACAAGCAUCUUUCCCGGCUACUACACGGGCAGAGCAACGCACGUGCACGUCAAGGUGCACCCCGAAUGGAGCAUGCUCGAGAAUGGCACCUUUACCAGCGGCCGUCUGAUUCACACGGGCCAGUUCUUCGUGGAUGACAAGCUCAACGAGGAGAUUGACAAGCUCGACCCGUACAACCAAAAUCCCAUCCGUCACCUGCCGGGCCGCGGCCGCACGCGCAACUGGGUCGACUCGCUGCAGAUCUACGACGAGGCACACGCGGGCGGAUACAUGCCGUGAGUUUGUAUAUAGAAUCUAGCCCAGCCAGAGAGAGAGGCUGGCGCGCGCGCAACACCGAAGAGCGAGGCGAGGGGAGAGGGAGUGGGAACGAAAGGCAAGGACCCCGUGCCCUCGCGCGCUUCGCGGCAUUGCGACACUUCGGGCGCCCCGCCAAGGCUCCGCGGAAGCGAGCGGAUGGUGAGGGGCAAGAUGGGGGACGUGCAUAGGGAUGGCCCCUCGUCGCGCGCACGGGAAAGGGGUGUGGCAAGGCCCCCCCCCCCCUCCUCCGCGCAGCCUUCCUUUGUGUGGGGGCAAAGGAGGCACUUUCUCGGGGGCACUCCCACAGCGCGCUUGCGGUGGUCUA